GUUGUCAAAACGUUCUUGUCCUGUCAAUAUUUUAUUAUGUUUAUUUGUCACUGCCAAACUCAGCUUGUAUUUAUUUCUGAGUUCUGUCAAUAGAUUAAUGGUACUUUGUUUGCAUUUGACGCUGAAAGUUCCUGAAUUCUUUAAUUUGUACAAAUAGUGAAAAUUCAUUUCCAUCCCAAUUAGGGCAAUAAUGAAGUGAGCAAUCAUCAACACCCAAACAAUGACGCGAUUCUCAACGCCCAAAUUUUGAAAGUCGACUAAGCAAUUGCUUGAAAGUCGAAACAUAAACAUUUCUUGGAAAACCUUACGGUUGUGAAAUACUUACAAACAAGCGGAAAAGUGAUUCUACUUGUAUGAUCUAAAUACAAGUUAGUGUCUAAAUGUGUGGAUAGCACUGAAAAAAAUACAUUUUGAGUAAAUACAAAUAUAUUUUUGAAAAAGCCCAAUCAUGCCUAGUGCACACAGAGGUAGAGAUUACAGGCGACAGCCGUCCAGUAACUUCACAUAUGUCAGCCCUUGUGUGAAGUACUUAAUAUUCAUUCUAAACUUUGUAUUUUGGUUAUUUGGAGGUCUGCUCAUAGGAAUAGGAAUGUAUGCCUUCGUGGACAAAUGGCAGUUGACUGGCUGGGUAAAACUCGAGAACGUCUACGAUGUUAUCCUGAACAUAUCUUUAGUGAUGGUCAUAAUGGGUGGUGUGGUCUUCAUCGUGAGUUUCGCGGGAUGUGUUGGAGCGCUCAGAGAAAACACUUGUUUGCUCAAAUUUUACUCAUUAUGCCUGUUGAUUUUCUUUCUAUUGGAGAUGGGAGUUGCGAUAGUGGGAUUUGUCUUUCCACACUCGAUGCAGUCUGUUUUAGAAGAAAACUUCACAGACAAAAUUAUUCAUACGUACAGAGAUGAUCCUGAUUUACAGAAUUUCAUAGACUUUGCUCAACAAGAGUUUCAUUGCUGUGGAUUGAGUACAGAAGGCUACAUGGAUUGGUCCAAGAAUGAAUAUUUCAAUUGCUCUUCCCCAAGCGUAGAGCAUUGCGGAGUACCGUUUUCUUGCUGUAAAAAUUCAACAGAUCUGAGUUCUCGGCUGGUGAAUAUAAUGUGUGGAUACGGAGUACAAACUCUCUCGGUUGCUGAAGCCAGUAAGAAAGUUUGGACGUCAGGGUGCAUAGAAAUCGUCCGCUCUUGGGCCGAAAGAAAUCUCUAUACGAUUGCAGGGAUAGCUCUAGGAGCCGCCUUGUCUCAGCUCUUCGUCAUUUAUCUCGCCAAGACCCUCGAAGGCCAAAUAGAUCUGCAAAAAUCGAGUUAUUACUCAAGAAUUCCUUUUUCCGAUUAGCAACUUUUAAUGGAAUUUAGAUAAGAUUACCAUGGAAAACAAAUUAGGAUUUGAAUUGAAGGAAGAAAAAAUAUAUAGGGCAUGAAAUGUACUAUUACAUACAAUAUACACAGUGUGAGCCUCUUAGAAUGAGAUGUUUAUUUAUUGUAUAUUCAGUAACCGAUUUACAAAAUAUUAAGGACAAAAAUAAUUCAUUAAAUAACUUACAAUUUCUACAAAAGUUUUGUAUAGAUCAUACUUAUAACUUGUGUUUUCUUGUUCAAUAUUUCAUUAUUUUGCAUCUUUAGUUAAUUCAGUCGAUCCUUAUUCAUAAACAUUUAAUGUUUCUUGGGAUAAUAAAGACAAUACAAAAAAAUUACAAA